AUGGCGGGCUUCGGUGACACAGUGCUGGUAGUGGGCGAUGAUCAGCUGAACUCAGAGGAAAAGAAAAAGAGAAAGCAGCGGAGGAACCGGACCACCUUCAACAGCAGCCAGCUGCAGGCUCUGGAGCGCGUCUUUGAGCGGACCCACUACCCCGAUGCUUUUGUGCGAGAAGACCUCGCCCGCCGGGUGAACCUCACUGAAGCCAGAGUGCAGGUGUGGUUUCAGAACCGAAGAGCCAAAUUCCGUAGGAACGAGAGAGCCAUGCUGGCCAAUAAAAACGCUUCCCUCCUCAAAUCCUACUCAGGAGACGUGACUGCUGUGGAGCAGCCCAUCGUACCUCGUCCUGCUCCAAGACCCACCGAUUAUUUCUCCUGGGGGACGGCCUCUCCGUACAGUGCCAUGGCUACUUAUUCUGCCACAUGUGCCAACAAUAGCCCUGCACAGGGCAUCAACAUGGCCAACAGCAUUGCCAACCUGAGACUGAAGGCCAAGGAAUAUAGUUUACAGAGGAACCAGGUGCCAACAGUCAACUGAGGAAAAAAAUAAUUAAACAGGCCUAAGAAGAAAUCCAAAAAAAAAACCAUAAGACACCUAUCCUGUUCUGUCAUUUCUUCAUCUGCUGGAAAAAAAUAAUAAAAAUAAACAAACCAAAAAAAAAACAGAACUAAACUAUUGGGACCAUGGCAGAGAAGCACAGGAGAGGAGCCAAAUGAAAAUUAGUUACCAAACACUCCUCCUCCCUCUGGGACACCAGCAACACUUGUUUCUGGGUGUGUUCGUUUUGUUUUCCCUUCUUUCCAUGCUUUGCUUCAUAUACUCCGAGCUUCUUCAGUUGGGUUCAGCCCCCCACCCCUCCCUAUGAUUAUAUGGGUUUUAAAAAGUCUAUGAUAGCCAAAGAAGCCAUAUAUAUAUAAAUAUCAGAAUAAUUGCCUAUAGUCUCCUCAUCGAUGAGUUGAAACCUCAGUGCCUUGUCCCGUCCUUCUUCCCAGUUCUCUGCACAGAAGCUCUAGGAACUUCUGAAAAGCCAGUCUUUCUAAAGAAUCUGUGCCAGACAUGAUUUUCUUUCUCCCUGUCUCCAUCUCUGUUGGUCAUGGAAAGGUUUUUCCAUCAGCUACUGGGGAGUGGGGGGUGGGGGAGAGAAACAGUCAUGUGCAACAUCUGGUCACUGGCCUGUCUGUUCCAGUUUGAUUGGCUGUGCCUGGCUCAUUCUAAGCAAUAAGCUCUAGACCUAAGCUCUAGAUUUAAGCUCUAAGCUAUAGAUGAUAUCACCAUCAUCCCUAUCUUAAUAAUCAGCCAUCUUAAGUUAAAGAUGUUUGUUGUUUUUGAAGGAUUUGCUGUCAUGGACUAUUUGGUAGACGAACUAUUUUUCAUUUGAAUGAGGGAGAGAAAUUUCUCUUGGAAAACAAAGACCGAGUUGUGAAAGGCAUAGCCUAUAUCUCAUUGGUGCCUUAAGGGUCAUCAGAUGCACACUUAUAUAUAUACUGUAUAUAUUUAUAUAUUUUAUAUAUAUAUAUAAAAUAUUCUUGCAAGCUCAAGUUUGCAGUUUCUCAAACACAACAGAAAGCAAAUUUCACACCAUCACCACUGUCCUUCUCUCUACAGUGAUGAGACUUUUUAUUGGGGAUUUUGUUUCCUUUCUUGCUCUCCACAAAAUUCUCAUUAAGGUCCACAGAGCAACUUACAGAGCAGCUGUUGGAGAACAGGUCUUGUUUUCACAGGAGGGCUUUAAAUAAAUGAGAAACUAUGUGAAGCUUUAAGAAUGUCCUUGAGGUUAGAGGCUGAGCUCUGGUGGAAUGCUGGUCUGUCCUGAUCUAUCAUGGGAAUUACACUUAGAGAGCGGAGGAAAAGCCAUUUGGCCAUCUGCCCUUUUUCUACUCAACAGGAAUCUGAAAGACACAUGUUUAUUGGAAUACUUAAAGGUUUGUCUAAACUUCAAAAAAGGCAAUUAUUUUAUUUUCUAAUAUUUUGAAAUAAAGGUUAGUGGCUAGGGCUGGGAGCCAGGACUGACCUUUCUUUGUUUCUUUCUCUUUGUUUCCAGCUGUGCUUUUGUGACUUGUCAGGUGGACUUGACCAAACCCCAUUACCAAGUGGUACCUCAGUUUACCUUUUUGUAAAAUGGGUUUAACAAUACUUACCUACCUCACAGGGGUGUUGUGAGGCCCUAUUCAUUUGCUCCUUCAUUCUUUCCCAUAUUCUCUGUAUUUCCAGCACUUUGUAGCCAUGAAAGGAAGGGGACUAUAAAAGUUUUCAAGGCUAAUGGAAGGAUACAGUACCUUGUUUUCUAGCAAGGAAAUGCUACCUUGCUUUUAAUGCUUAUAAUUUUGCAUUUGGAAAUGAGAAAUAGGUUUAUAUUUAUAGACCUCUCAGAAUUCACAUCAUUUGACCAAAGUAAUCUAAGAUACACAGAACAAACACAUUUUCAAUUUACAUUUUCAUCCUGGCCAGCUUGGUUGUAAUAACUUUAAUUAUCAGUGAUUUAAAAGUUUCAGAUAGAUUUUGGCCAAAUAUGUCAACUUUCAGUGACAGGCAAGGAAUUGGGGUUUAAGAUGCACUUUGAGAACAUAUUUGUUUCUUGCUUUGGCCUACCAGAUUGAGCUCAUGGUGUUAUUUUUUUCAGUCAAAUACCCCCCAAUCUGAAAAUGUAUUUUGAAUGUUGAUUCUGCACUUUUCUCUAUAACAAGAAGGAAGCCCAUCUGAUGCAUUUUGCUCUCAUCAACCAAUUUCCUGUGUGUGUUUCUUUUCACCUACUAUUCAAACAUUUCUUACCAAAUGGUUCACAUAAGCUGGCUAACAACACAUAUUACUUGCUUCCCAAAGAGUCCCUGGAUUCUUUUGUCCCAUUAGCUGCUGUGGAUUAUUGAGGUUCAAAGGAACAGUGCAUUCUAACAGAUUAAAACAUUCUUUGUGAAAUCAGUGCAACCCAAGAAAUUGGUAAACUUUUGGAGUUGGAGGUUUGGGAAGAAUGGCUGAAAGAGGAUUUGGAUUACAGUGCAGGGAACAGAAAUCAUACAUUAAAAAAAAAAUUUGCUAAGAGGGACGAAAUCUUAGAAGAGGCAGCUAAGAGACAGAGGGUCAUGUAAAGUCAUUUGAAGCUUCUAUCUUGACAUCCAUUUUCAGUGGUGAACAGACAAGUCUGAACCCAUAACCCUAAUGUGAGGUGAAACUGAGCAGUAUUACCCAAUAUUGCAAUAUUCCCUGAGCAAGAGAUGUCUGGGAAUAUCAUGGAAGAACCAGUACUGGUCAGCCAUAGGAACUGGCAUUGUUGGUGAAUGCAUACCACAAGCAUCUAUUAUCUAAGCACUUGAUCAAGAAGUAUACCCAUGGUAUAAGCACUCGGUGUUGUUCAUUUAUUACUGACUUGACAUAAGUAGGAGUUCAUAUGUGAUUUGGAGGAGUAGCCUUCUGGCUCCUGAGCCAGGCGUCAAGAGAGGGCCUCAGAGCCAGAGUUCAAAGGCAUACCCCUGCUCCUCACCAUCAUUAUACUCAGAUACAGAUGAAUACUUACAAACUCUCUGUCUGUGUCCCCAAUCCCUUGGAAACAAGGUGCUGAUUUAUGGGGUAUGUGGCACGUUAAAUGGAACCAGAAGAGGUGACCGAAUAAAAAAGGGAAUGACAUUUAGGGUAUAAAGAUCUCGUAAGAAAUGUAAUAUGUAAAUUAUAUCUUGCUUUAUGAUGUAAAAUAUACAUUGUUUGCGCUAGAAUAGAAAUGAUUCCUUUCCAAUAAAAAGAAACAAGGAUA